GAAACGUGUGUGUAGGUGUGUAUGUGCAGACGAAUGUAAUGUAUAUUGAAGGUGUGCAUACUACUAGAUUUCUAGAAAAGGUUUGAGAUUUUUUCGUAAACACUUUUUCCCCUAACAUUUUAUAGGAAAUUUUACCCAUGCAUUCAGGAGUCAUUGGAAGGCAGAGAAGUCAUUUAGCCUCCUUGGAAUUUCCAGAGUAUAGGAAAGAAAUCUCUGCCACAUUUGAUCGUAGAAUCUCUUAUGUCUUAGACUCCAAAACGGACAUUUAGUUGCCAUAUUUGCAGUCUCUUUGCCAAUCUGUUGUGAAAAUUUUUGUGGCUUUAUUUAGGAUUAAGUUUUGCAAGGGAAGAUUGGGAAGUACCCCUCACGUGUGUGCGUUUACCCUAUAAUAUUAUACUUCACAUUUGCUUUAAAUUAUUUUGUAAAAUUGAUAUAAUUUUUGGACUUCCCUGGUGGCUCAGUGGUUAAGAAUCCGCUUGCCAAUGUGAGGGUCACGGGUUUGAUCCCUGGCCUGGGAAGAUCCCACAUGCUUAGUGGAGCAACUAAGCCCAUGCGCCACAACUACUGAGCCUGUGCUCUAGAGCUGCUGCAAGCCACAACUACUGAGCCGGCGCGCCACAACUACUGAAGCCCAUGUGCCUAGAGUCCGUGCUCCGCGACAAGAGAAGCCACCGCAGUGAGAAGCUGGUGCACUGCAACAAAGAGUAGACCCUGCUCGCCACAACUAGAGAAAGCCCGCGUGCAGCAACGAAGACCCAACACAGCCAUAAAUAAAUAAAUAGAUAGACAGAUAGAUUUUCAGUUAAAAAAAAAAAAAGAGUCCAAGCCAGCAAAAUUUUUUUUGAAUUUUAUUUAAUUUUUUAUACAGAAGGUUCUUAUUAGUUAUUUAUUUUAUACAUAUUAGUGUAUAUAUGUCAAUCCCAAUCUCCCAGUUCAUCACACCACCACCACCCUGCCCCGCCAGUUUCCCCCUUGGUGUCCAUAUGUUUUAAGCCAGCAAAAUUUGAUAAAUAAAAAUAUUUGAAGUUAGAAAUAGAGAAGUUCAUUAGAUUUUUAAAUUCAGGUCCUAUCAGCCAGCAAAAACUGGCUAUGUAUGCUGUCUAAUUUAAUAUCUGACUUAGUUAAUUUUCAAGUGUUUGAUUAAAAGAAGUAAUAAGCUCUUGAUAUAUUGUAAAAUCAUACUUAAUUCAUUCCACUUGAAAUUUUAUUACUUCCAGUCUUCCUAGAGUAGAACCUGAAUUAAAGUUUAUAAAAUAGCAUAAACUAUGUAAUUGAAAAAUUAUGCUUAUAUGGGAAAGCAAUUAAAUAGGAUAAUCUGGGACAUAAUUAAGCAGUUUCCAGUUUAUGUACCAUGUGCCUUCUACCCCAUAGCAUGUCGCAGGAGGAGAGGCCAGUGACCUCUCUCCUUGCUGCCACCAAUUAAUGUUAUCUUAUCUUCACAGGCUGCUGCUGAACUACCCACCUCAUCCCUGUUGCUAAUAACCUAGUAACCAAUGUGUACUCCUUUUACCCUCCUUAAGGUUGAUCCAAGCUUUAUUUUCUCUGGGCUUCCUGAUCCAUUUGCUAAGGUGGUGGUUGAUGGAUCUGGGCAGUGCCAUUCUACAGAUACUGUGAAGAAUACACUUGAUCCAAAAUGGAAUCAGCAUUAUGACCUGUAUAUUGGAAAGUCUGAUUCAGUUACGAUCAGUGUAUGGAAUCACAAGAAGAUCCAUAAAAAACAAGGUGCUGGAUUUCUUGGUUGUGUUCGUCUUCUUUCCAAUGCCAUCAACCGCCUCAAAGACACUGGUUAUCAGAGGUUGGAUCUAUGCAAACUUGGGCCAAAUGACAAUGAUACAGUUAGAGGACAGAUAGUAGUAAGUCUUCAGUCCAGAGACCGAAUAGGCACAGGAGGACAAGUUGUGGACUGCAGUCGUUUGUUUGAUAAUGAUUUACCAGAUGGCUGGGAAGAAAGGCGAACUGCCUCUGGAAGAAUCCAAUACCUAAACCACAUAACAAGAACUACGCAAUGGGAACGCCCAACACGACCAGCAUCUGAAUAUUCUAGUCCUGGCAGACCUCUUAGCUGUUUUGUUGAUGAGAACACUCCAAUUAGUGGAACAAAUGGUGCAACAUCUGGACAGUCUUCAGAUCCCAGACUGGCAGAGAGGAGAGUCAGGUCACAACGACAUAGAAAUUACAUGAGCAGGACACAUUUACAUACUCCUCCAGACCUACCAGAAGGCUAUGAACAGAGGACAACACAACAAGGUCAGGUGUAUUUCUUACACACUCAGACUGGUGUGAGCACAUGGCAUGAUCCAAGAGUGCCUAGGGAUCUUAGCAACAUCAAUUGUGAAGAGCUUGGUCCAUUGCCUCCUGGAUGGGAGAUCCGGAAUACAGCAACAGGCAGAGUUUAUUUCGUUGACCAUAACAACAGAACAACACAGUUUACAGAUCCUCGGCUCUCUGCUAACUUGCAUUUAGUUUUAAAUCGGCAGAACCAAUUGAAAGACCAGCAACAGCAGGUGGUAUCGUUGUGCCCUGAUGACACAGAGUGUCUGACAGUCCCACGGUACAAACGAGACCUGGUUCAGAAACUAAAAAUUUUGCGACAAGAACUUUCCCAGCAACAGCCUCAGGCUGGCCAUUGCCGCAUUGAGGUUUCCAGGGAAGAGAUUUUUGAGGAAUCAUAUCGACAAGUCAUGAAAAUGAGACCGAAAGAUCUCUGGAAGCGAUUAAUGAUAAAAUUUCGUGGAGAAGAAGGGCUUGACUACGGAGGGGUUGCCAGGGAGUGGUUAUAUCUCUUGUCACAUGAAAUGUUGAAUCCUUACUAUGGCCUCUUCCAGUAUUCAAGAGAUGAUAUCUAUACAUUGCAGAUCAAUCCUGAUUCUGCAGUUAAUCCGGAACAUUUAUCAUACUUCCACUUUGUUGGACGAAUAAUGGGAAUGGCUGUGUUUCAUGGACAUUAUAUUGAUGGUGGUUUCACAUUGCCUUUUUAUAAACAGUUGCUUGGGAAGUCCAUUACCUUGGAUGACAUGGAGUUAGUUGAUCCAGAUCUUCAUAACAGUUUAGUGUGGAUACUUGAGAAUGAUAUCACAGGUGUUUUGGACCAUACCUUCUGCGUCGAACAUAAUGCCUAUGGUGAAAUUAUUCAGCAUGAACUUAAACCAAAUGGCAAGAGUAUCCCUGUUACUGAAGAAAAUAAAAAAGAAUAUGUCAGACUCUAUGUGAACUGGAGAUUUUUACGAGGAAUUGAGGCACAGUUCCUGGCCCUGCAGAAGGGAUUUAAUGAAGUAAUUCCACAGCAUCUGCUGAAGACAUUUGAUGAGAAGGAGUUAGAGCUCAUUAUUUGUGGACUUGGAAAGAUAGAUGUUAAUGACUGGAAGGUAAACACCCGGUUAAAACACUGUACACCAGACAGCAAUGUUGUCAAGUGGUUUUGGAAGGCUGUGGAGUUUUUUGAUGAAGAACGACGAGCACGGUUACUUCAGUUUGUGACGGGCUCGUCCCGAGUGCCUCUGCAGGGCUUCAAAGCUUUACAAGGUGCUGCAGGCCCACGACUCUUUACCAUACACCAGAUUGAUGCCUGCACUAACAACCUGCCAAAAGCCCACACUUGCUUCAAUCGAAUAGACAUUCCGCCCUAUGAAAGCUAUGAAAAGUUAUAUGAAAAGCUGCUAACAGCCAUUGAAGAAACAUGUGGAUUUGCUGUGGAAUGACAACUUCAAGGAUUUACCCAGGACUCUAUUUAUACCCCUGACUGACAGCCUCCUUUCAGCAGUUUCAAGGAAUGCUGACAUAAAGGAAAAUGCACCCCCCUUUUUAAAAAAAAAAUUAGGAUACUGUGAGGGGAAAGGACAAUUCUGAAAUUCCUUUUCAAGGAAAAAAAGGUCUUUAUGCUUUGCCAUGAGGCCACAUUCAGCUGCUAUUUAAAAUUAAUAUCUUGAACCUAAAGAAUGCUGACUUUUCGUACAUUUCCAGAGUUAGGCAGUAUUCUACACUUAAAGACUACUACUAUUUUUAUAAAAGGUAAUCUAUUCAAAUCGCUUCACAGAUUUCAACUCUAUCAAACAUCAAGACAACUUCAGCAGUCGGUACAAGUCACAUUACACUUUGGUUGAAUACAUGAUUUUGAACAGCUCCUGUACUCGCUCUUUGUAAAAAAAAAAUAAAAUAAAAUUAUUUUGAAUUAU